AUGGAGAUGUUAUUGAGUCUACCUACCUUCUCUGGGACACUCCUGGUGCUGGUGGUCUCAAACUUGUUGCUGUGUGAAAAAGCUGCAUCAAUUCCUGCAUGUAUGGCAGAAGAGGGUGGCUGCUGGAACCCUCUUGUGGAAACAUUUAACAGUGCCAUCCAGAAAGCUGAAAGUCUCCACAAUUUUGCUGACCAAUUAUAUGUAGAGCUUCACUACAGCAAAUUCUCAUCUGGACAUUUUGCAUCUCUUAAUUCACAACUGAUUAGGCGUGACGAAACUGUUGUGAGAGCUGGAACUUACUGCCAUUCAAGUGUCGCAAAAACCCCAAAUAGGGGAACUGAACACAUAACUAUUGAAAUAGCACCAUAUUUAAAAACUUUGAUCAAUUUUGUGGGUUCCUGGAUCAGCCCUCUCUUCCAUCUAGUGAUUGAACUGAGUGCCAUGAAAGAUGUCCCUGAAACUAUACUCUCAAAAGUCAAGGAGAUUGAAUUGAAGAACAGAGAAAUCCUGGAUGACCUUAGGUGGAUUCUCACCAAGGUCUCUCCUAUAGAAGAGAUGGAGGAAAAAUUUCCUAGCUGGGAACAUCUUUCAUUCUUAAAAUCAAGUAACAAAAAUAAUAAAUUUUUGGCAAUGUUUAACCUUUCCUACUGCCUAGAUUAUGAUACAAAGUACCUUCUACUUCAGCUUAAAAUGUUGAAGUGUCUCAUAACUGGGAAAGAUUGCUAA